AUGGGGCGGCCGUCAGGGUCUAGGAACAGGACGGCCUUGGGGUGGAGCGAGUGCUUGCCGCAGUACAUGUCCAUGAGCCGCCGCAGCUUCACGUCGCGCUUGAUGCAUGCGGAAGAAGACGUCGUCCGCGGUCUGGCUGUGCACCUUGAUGUUGAUGAGGGCACCACCGUCCUCGCCCGCCUCGGCCUUCACCGUCUUCGUGGCCUUACCCGUCUCCUCUUCAGCCCCCUUACCCCUCUCCUCCUCGGCCCCGUGCCCUACGUUGGACGGCGACGGCGGCGGUGUCGACAUUGA